UCCCCCCCAAAAAUUCUCUUCUUUUCUCCAGCUAUAGCUUGCUCCGCGCUGCGCAUCGCCGCUCGCGAUUGCCCUAGCCACCUCGAUCUCCUCCCGCCGCCGGCGCGCGCGCUAUGCCGGUGACGACGACAUGCGUGGCGGCGAGGGAGAGGGAGCCAUGAGCAGGGACGUCGCGAUCGACGACGGGGUCGGCGCCGGCAGUGUCGACGUGACGUCGACGGCAGCCGGGACGUCGGGUCCGGGGGAGGAAGCGGGCGGCAGCGCUAGCGGCACGGAGGAGCAGGCGGCCGGCGGCGGCGGCGACUCGCACGAGAACGACCUGGUGAUGCCCGGGUUCCGGUUCCACCCGACGGAGGAGGAGCUGAUCGAGUUCUACCUCCGGCGGAAGGUGGAGGGCAGGCGCUUCAACAUCGAGCUCAUCACCUUCCUCGACCUCUACCGCUACGACCCGUGGAUGCUCCCCGCAAUGGCGACGAUUGGGGAGAAGGAGUGGUUCUUCUACGUGCCGCGGGACCGCAAGUACCGGAACGGCGACCGGCCGAACCGGGUGACGGCGUCGGGGUACUGGAAGGCGACGGGCGCCGACCGGAUGAUCCGCGGCGAGAACAGCCGCCCCAUCGGCCUCAAGAAGACGCUCGUCUUCUACUCCGGCAAGGCCCCCAAGGGCGUCCGCAGCAGCUGGAUCAUGAACGAGUACCGCCUCCCGCCGCCCGCCGCCGACGCCGAUCUCUUCUACAAGUCAGAGAUCUCGCUCUGCCGCGUCUACAAGCGCUCCGGCAUCGACGACGGCCACGGUCACCAUCAGCGGCCUUCGGGCAACACUGCCGGCUUGCCGGCUCGCCGGCACAGGUCGUCACCGUCGACGUCGUCAACGCCACUUUCGCCGACGCAGCAGCUGCCCAGCUUCCACCAGCUGCUCCAAGGCGAGUCGUCGUCGUCGUCGUUGCCAGCAUCGGCCACGUGCAAUGCGUCACAGCUGAUGCCGCCCCCUCCGCCAAGGCCUUGCGCCUACACGCCGGCGAUGGGCUCGAUGACCGCCGUCGCGCCGGCGCCGACCGAGAGCGCCGCCGUCCUCGCCUCCACGUACUCGCUGCUGAACAUGGCGCCCCAUGCCGCGGUGGCCGGCAGUAGCUCCACGUCCAUCGACGAGCUCAGCACGCUGGUCGGCCACCACAGCCAUGCUGCCUACGGUAACCACCCUGACGCCGGAAGCCACCACUUCCUCCCCUUGCCGGCGCCGACGUCGCAGUUGAUGCCACAGCUCGGCACAACGCUGCCGACAUCGCCGCUGCCCGCCGUCUCCGACAAGCUCUGGGAUUGGAACUCGGUCCCUGAUCACACGACGGACAGAGAGUACAAGUAUUCUUCUGGUUUAAGUGAUCCCAAGUAAAAAGCUAGCUAAGCAGGCCUGACAGGAUGAUGCAGAUGCUAAUCCCAAUAUAUAGCCCUAUCUAUUCAGAAUUAAUUUAUCAGUGAUCAGUUUUCGUAGCAGCCGCUACAAUUAAUUCACGGUUAAUUCUGAAAAUUAGCAGUGUGUAGGCUACAUAUAUACCCUUCAGUCACUCUAGAAAUAUCAUAUAUAUCAUGCAGUAUAGUAUAUAUAUGACCAACAAAAUGACGAUAAUAUAUAGGAGAUUGUAAGGCUAAAUACUCAGUUUAUUAAUUAAUAAU